CCGCAGUCUCUGGUCAUUUCCUGUAUUGUGUCUGCAGUCUCUGGUCAUCUCCUGUACUGUGUCUGCAGUCUCUGGUCAUCUCCUGUACUGUGUCCACAGUCUCUGGUCAUCUCCUGUAGUAUGUCCACAGUCUCUGGUCAUCUCCUGUACUAUGUCUGCAGUCUCUGGUCAUCUCCUGUACUAUGUGUGCAGUCCAUUGGUUCAGAAUAUUUUUUUUCUUUUUUUCUGCCUCUAAAACCUAGGUGCGUCUUAAGGUCAGGUGCGUCUCAUGGAGCAAAAAAUACGGCCUUUUUUUUUUUUAAAGCACUAGAUCAAUGCUUUUUUUUUUUAUCUAAUGCUUUACAU